AUAUUAUUUAAUAAUUUUAUUCCACUACCUUCCCAAUUAGGAAGUCUAGAACGCCAAAAAAAUGUCUUGUGGAUGAAAAAAAAGAAGCAGGAAGAACAAAAAAAAUUUGAUCUACAACACGAACAACUCCAACACCGACGACGAAGUCAAUUCCAAUUCAACUUAACCAUAAUCAUCAUUACUUUUUGAUUGAUUGACUUGACAUUGACGUGUAUUCGAACCAAUCUCACUAAUUAAUACAUUCAUUCCAUCCAGAAAACUAUCAAUAAAGUAUUAAAUUACUGUUACAGAAUCUACCUAACUACAACACAACCACAUAUAUAUAUACAUAAUGUCAUCAUCAGAAGAAACCAAACCAAAGGUUGAAGAAACCCCAGCUGCUGCUCCAGCUCCAGCUGUUCCAACUGCCAAUGUAUUCUCUAUGUUUGGAGCCAAGAAGGAAAAGAAAGAAGAAGAAGAACCAAAGCAAGAACCAAAGGAAGAAACCAAAUCAGAACCAAAGAAAGAAGGUGAUGAUGAAGAUAAAGCUGAUGAAGAAGAAGCUGAUGUUCAUUUCGAACCAUUGGUUACUUUAGAAAAAGUUGAUGUUAAAACUAAUGAAGAAGAUGAAGAAGUUUUAUAUAAAGUUCGUGCUAAAUUAUUUAGAUUCCAUGGUGAUACUAAAGAAUGGAAAGAAAGAGGUACCGGAGAUGUUAAAUUCUUACAACAUAAAGAAACCAAAAGAGUUAGAAUUUUAAUGAGAAGAGAUAAAACUUUAAAGAUUUGUGCUAAUCAUUUAAUUAGUGGAGAUUAUGAAUUAAAACCCAAUAUUGGAUCUGAUAGAUCUUGGGUUUAUAAUGUUACAGCUGAUAUUGCUGAAGGUGAACCAGAAGCUCAAACUUUAGCUAUUAGAUUUGGUAAUAAAGAAAAUGCUGAUAAAUUUAAGGAACAUUUCGAUGAAGCUAGAGAUGCUGCUAAAAAGGAUUAAACAUAUCAUAUUAAGAAUUAUAUGAUUUAUUAAUGGAUUGAUAUAAUUCCCAUUCAAUAUCUUCUUUCAUAUCACAUUAUUUUGCUAAUCAUUAGUUGAUACCAUUAUCAACCAUCAUGGAAUAAUCAUACCAUAUUAUAUAUAUAUAUACUAGUUAGUCACCUCCUCACCUCUUUUUUUUAAUAUAUAACAUAUACUUUUACAUACAGCGCAAGUAUGUUUCAGAGUAAUAUAACUUUAUAAUAUCCCAAAUGAUAGUCAGUUGUAGGUGUAGAUGUGGAGAUGAGAUUAAUCUAAUCUGUGUACGUAAAGUGAACAAUCAUGGAGAUAUAUAGUUCCAUCGUAAAUCAGUAACCUCUAGAUUGAUCUAC